AAUCAUACUGCAUGUGCAUCUAACUACACACACUUACGUAGGUCAGAGAGAAACGAAAAACCACACGACAGAAACAAAAGUAGUUGCAGACUUCGCAUGAUGAUGAGUUCAACAGGCAUCUAGUCCGCUGCCUGAAUUCGUGGUCGGGGCUCAACACAUGACGUGCGGGCGGAUCCGACGCGCAUUUGACUUUGGUUGCCGAAAGGCGACGAGCUGCGGGCUCCAGCAACACGGCGAGCGAUGAAGGAACGGACGGCCCUACCCGCGUACCGGGAAGACAACAUAGGAUGUUUAGUUCGCCAAGCCAUCCCUCGAGCGCAAGCACAAGCUCGCACCAUUGCUCUACUUCGAGCAGUACACCCUCAUCUCCUUCCAGGACCCGCAGCCGUUGUAACAGCUCGCGUCAAAAAACCACAAAAUACGAAGACGCGGUGGGCAACAGCACGCAGUGGUCGGCGUUGCGCGGGCGACGACGUGCGUCCAAAUUGCAAAUUCAAAACGAAAUAAACGAGGAAACAAGAACCCUGAAAAACCGGAGGAGGAGAAGAAGACCAAACAGCAAAGGCAAAGACACAACCACAUUUGCGGUGGUGAGCUCGGUCGCCACGACGAUGAAAGUUCAAGUUGGUAGAAAUUCUUCGAGGCCAACGCCAAAAGCCGUCGAUCACCCCUCGCGGUUCCGUCGCCGCCGUCGACGACGACCUCCCGGAGCGACAACAGCGCAUUUGCAGCUUUUCACUCGACCUACUACGAAAGCUGCCGUCCUUGCUUCUUGUGCGCUCGUUUUCAAACAUUCAACUUUCUACUUCCUCGCAACCACUUCGGUCACAAGCUAUCCAAGGACCACCCCAGGAGACACCGUUUUGAAAGCCGGCCCCGCGAUUAUCGGCAGAAAAAAGCACGGCAGCUACCCGUCUUCCAGUAGUCAAGGAUGGGGCCACGAAGAGGAGAUCAAGGAGGAGCGGUUGUGGCAGGAGCAGAUCUCGAAAAUGAACUCGGCGCAGCUGCCGGAAAACCUGUGGGCCGAUGAUGCUGAUGGUGUGUAUGAAGAUCUUCCGUCAAGAUCUGAUAUCAUCGACAGCGAGUUACCGCCUCUGACGCAGGAAGAAGAGGACGAUUUAAUCUUUCGGGACAAUUUAGAUUUCGCGGACGACCCCUCCCUGACCGAGAAAACCAUCUCGCUAAAAAUCGCGAGGAGAAAACCGGGGGAAGAGGUGCACAGGGCUGGCGGAACGAACGCGAACCAGGUCUCGUACAGCGAAAUCUUGCACCGGAGACAGCAGCUGAAGGAGUACCUCCAGAAAGGUGGGGUGGUGGUAGGAGGGCAGGAGGACCACGGUUCCGCGAUUAAUACCGAGCAUGAUAAACAGAAGAAAGAGAAACCGACCACAGGGGGGCAUGAUCAUGAAGCAGAAUUGCAUCCUCAUGCGGAGAAGGAUCACGAACAGGAGGGCGUUACAUCACUGGAAAAGUUAAAAGCACAUGUGAAAAGCAAAGACGAGGAGAUAAGAGCUGGUGGCGGUCGUGGUGCGCAGAGGAUGAGAAGCGAAACGAACAGUGAUUCUGUAGUCACACAAUCCGUCAAAGAGCCUCCAGAUCCAUCGUUAGUGAGCAAAAGCGCAGAAUUAGAAACUGCAAAAAGCACUAGAGCAGCGGAAGGGGAAGCUGCGUCGAGGUUAUCGUCGCAGAAAAACCACAAACACAAGAUUGAAGCCGAAGAAGCACAAGGAGAAAGCGAAAACGUCGUUGAAACCGAAGCCGUUCUCGCCGCGCAGGAGAAAGCAAGGAAAAAGCUGAACAUCAAAGCAGGUGCGGGCGCGGGUGAGUACGCUUUUAAGCACAGACAGAUGUGCUUUGACUCGGAAUACCCACUGAGACGGGUGAUUGAGCAGUCAAGUGGUGAACACGCACGAAAUGAAGGAAUAGCGAAGUGCAUGCAGGAUUCCGACAACUGCGCGGGGUUUACUGUGUGGUAUUAUAUCAAGUCGUGUGAUAAGGAGCUUUACUUCCAUCUUGAUCUAUUCUCUAAAGGCGCGGCCUACGCAUGACAAGUCGAUGCAGCUGCCAAUCAUGCAAUAAGUAGCGCAUGAUAAAAACACAACACAGGGAAGGCAGCGGUGGCUACCACGACUGGAACGCGCAGCUGUACAGGUUUUGGCCGGUCUACAACAGUUGCGAUCCCUCCUACGCUUUCACGGACAAAUGCACUUGCAUGACCUCCCUCAAGUACGACUCCUACAUCAAUACCAAGCGCCCGACGACGACCACAACGUCCCCACCCCCUUUGGAUUUCUUAGUCUACACCAACGCCACUCUGAACAAGCCCGCAGACGUUUACUGGGACGAGAUAGAACCGAUGUCCUUCUCCGAAGACGAGCACCUUGGCGGCAUAGACCCGGUCGAGGGCUCCUACUUUCUCGCCCGCAAACCGGACUGGCGGACCGAGUUUCGUCACUUGGACAUGCACGCCGUACCGGGGUUGUCCCUCUGGUACCGCCCGGAACGACCGGACUUUCUCUGGCCGAAGAUCGACAUCGACCGGAUCGAGGUCUUUUUCACCGCACUGAACAUCAACGAGUUGAGUGCGCACUCGCACUGGGGCAGCGAAAUGUUUGAUUCCGGUGCGGCGUUUCAAAUUUGGACCAACACCACCGACCUGAGUGGGCCGGAGUUCAACCGGACGACGACGCACACCUUCACGUUCGACAGUGAGGACGUGAAUUUCACGAAGAGGAUGAAAGAGAUGAGCGUGGCGAAGGGCGACGAGCACCACCAGCGGUACCGAUUUUUGGUGACGCGGAGAACGAUUCGGCACAUGGAGGCCGUAUGAGGGUGCACAACUUCAACUCCCCUUCAUUUGGGAGACGCCAACAGGUACGCAUCCCGGGGUCCUCGUUACAAAGUGAGAACAACGCCGGACGGUGUAACUCGCUUUAGGAUACCCAAGAGGGUGCGCCAGCGGAAAGUGUUUUUGUAUGGAAGCACUAGGUCACGCAGUAAGCGUUCGGCCAAUAAGACAUUUUCGACGCUUCAUCAUCAUCAUCAUCAUCAUCAUCAUCAUCAUUUGUAUGCAUGGCAUGAGCAGCGAUACGAGCGCCGGCAAGAGUGCAGGUUUUGCAUGACGAAUUCACGACCCAUGACUUUAGUUCUGUUUGAGCUGCCAAGAAAACCUGUCAUGCAAAAAGUGCCAAAAGGAAAGGCAGGCAAGGAAUGGAUUUGGUAUUUUGCAUCGCAAAAUGAGGGGGAGGGGACGAAGUGGUGCACUCUUAUAGCGCGACGAUGUCAAUUACACGGAGUACUUCAUCGAUCCGAGCGAAGCGUACGAUGACGAAUCGAUACCGCUGAACAACGACGUGAUAGCGGAUGGGAGACCCCAUCUUGUGCAGUUCUACCGGGACCCGGUGAACCGCACAAAGAUACACGCCAUGUUGGACGGGUAUCUCAUGCCGUGGGGGAAAAAUCUAACGUUAGCACCGAACGACAGGUGGGAGAAGUUUGGGUUUAUGCCGUGUAACAACCCAGAGCAUGACUGCCGGUACGGAACGCCCACGAUCAGGAUACACACACGUAUAGUUUUUGCACUUUGGUAUAGUCAUCAUAUUUGCAUAUGCAUGUUUGAUGUCAGGCACAAGUAUUGAUCACAAGCGCUAUACGCAGCCACAAAUCUUCCUAUUGUACAAAACUCUCAGAUAUGAUUCCGACCCUCGGUUACAAUCCGUUCCUGCGUCCGAUGCAGUGGAAAAUCAACAACAUUGUGAUGCGCGAUCCGGAUCUGGAGAACCUCGGGACCUGCGAGGGCGAGGUGAACCUGGCGCCGGAACACGACUACUACAGCUGCGAAGGGGAGGGAAAUGAACUCCGGGCCUCACCCUUCCGAACCUACGCGCUGGACGGGCAGAGCUGGGUGAUCGACCGGUCGAAGAUACAGUACGUGCAACCGUCGGCGAUCAACGGCACCGGGUUUGCGAUCGUGUUGAUUGGAUUUUCCGGGAUGGAGUAUUCGUUUAACACGGACCACUACGACAACAACGACUCCAGUGUGAACGGUACCUUUGCGAUUUCCGCUUUCUCCUCGAACGUGACACAUCUACCAGCGGGGUGGGAGACACCUCGGGCGGGAAAACCGAACAACGAAACGGACUACAGCACCAGCGUGCACACCUUGGACGUUCUAGUCGAGUACUACAACCGCGGCGCCACGGUCCACAUGGUGUUAGACGAGGGAGAGCCGUGGGGGGAGCCGUGCAUGGGUUUGUCCGCUGCGCAAAUCGCGGCGGCACCGUGUAUUCCGAUCCUACCGCCGAAGGAAAGGAUAAGGGCGAUCGGGUUCCGGCCGGGGCGGGGGCAGGUGCUCGUGCCUCUGGGGGUGCCGGAACGAAUCCCCGGAAGCUUGUUGUCGAAGAGGCGCGGCGGGAGUGGAGCCGAAACUAGUGAAGAGGCGCAGCUGUCUGGGAAGAUGUUUACCCCGGCAAUAAUAGACGAACCGGGGCCGGACGGAGGGACUUUGCCGACCGAAAACGGGGUUCUCAGCGACGGCGACAAGGAGAAGUGGCACUUGACAAAACCCUUUGUGCGGAAGAAAACGGGAGCGGAAGUGUCAGUCACCUUGCAGCAGGAGAAGAGCCAGAAGAUUCCGGGGGGCUGAGGAAUGUUUUUUUGAAAAGAGGAGGAACAGCGGACGGCUUCGGCUGUCGGGGGUGGUAAAGAAUGGUACGUGAUGAAGUUGUACUUUGUACUAGAAAUUUUAAGCAGCCAAAUUUCACUCAAGCAAGUUUCGAAGAAGAUGAUGAAGAAAUAGCAUAAAUAGGGGACGUGUUUGUUUACGCGUUUCCUCUUGUUUCGUAAAUUGUUUAUCAUUUGUUUCCUUUUCGUACAGAUCAGAAAAAGCACAAAAACUAAAUUUCGAAGAUAGACGAUGAUGAUCUAAGCCUUGUCGAUGCCACGGCAUGCGGUGCUUGUCGUGAUGAAGCUUUUGUCUAUGUUUCCAGCCGAACGAUGCUACACUGAUUCGGAAAUGAAUACCCAUCGACAUAAUCUGAAAGAUUAGCUGGGUGUGCGAAUUCGGAAAUCAGUUGAAAGAUCGUUUCUUUUUUGACAAGCAUGCUGAAAAAUGAAACUGUACACCAGACUCUUAGUCAUAUCAAGACAUAGGGAGCACAGGAAUAUCACGAAAAUGAAAUUGGCGCCGAGAAAAAGAAUUUACUA